UGAAAUGCUUGGAGGAGGUGAAAAUAAACAUAGAUAGAUGAACCUUUAGAAUUAUUGUUGAAUCCACGUGAAGAGAAGAAAUAAGUUGGAAAAUGGAAAUAUAACAACUUUUAUCGCGUGAAUUAAUUAAAAAUGUUUCUUAAAAUAUCUUUUAAAUUAUUAUAAAAGUGAAUAAAUUCCCAACAUAUGUUUGUUGAGCUGGAGGAGGGCGAUGAAUAAGAAUUUGAGUAGAAAAACGGCGAAGCGAUGAAUAUUUAGGAGGAAAGGAAAGGAAGUGAUUUGAGAAUUGCAUUGAGGGAGAGGGAAAUGGAGGGGAUUCAGAUCCGAGCAGUGUUGUUAUUGGUGGUAGCCUCUCUGAGUGUGGCCGUGGCCGAUAGUGUCACCGCAGAGGAAGCGAAAGAACUAAGAGAAGAGGUUCGCGAAAUGUUCUAUCACGCCUUCAAUGGAUACAUGGACCACGCUUUUCCCCUCGACGAAUUGAGACCUCUCUCCUGCGCAGGACAGGAUACGCUCGGUGGUUACGCCUUAACCUUGAUUGACUCGUUAGACACUUUGGCUUUACUCGGUGACCGCCAACGCUUCGCUACCUCCGUUGAAUGGAUUGGUAAAAACCUUCGUUUUGAUAUAAAUAAGACCGUUUCUGUCUUUGAGACUACUAUCAGGGUCCUCGGAGGAUUGCUUUCGGCUCAUCUUAUUGCUGCUGAUUAUGCUACGGGCAUGAGAGUUCCAUCAUAUGAUAAUCAGCUACUAAACUUAGCUGAAGAUCUUGCCAGGAGGUUGUUACCUGCAUUUGAUACCCCUACAGGAAUUCCAUUUGGAUCUGUAAAUUUGCUUCAUGGAGUUGAUAAACACGAAAGCAAGAUAACUUCAACAGCUGGUGGUGGGACCUUGACUCUUGAAUUUGGAGUUCUAAGCCGUUUGACAAAUGAUCCUAUUUUUGAACAAGUGACCAAGAAUGCAGUGCGUGGACUUUGGGCACGACGUUCAAAGCUUAAUUUGGUUGGUGCUCAUAUUAAUGUUUUUACAGGUGAAUGGACACAAAAGGACGCUGGGAUAGGAACUAGUAUUGACUCGUUCUAUGAGUAUCUGUUGAAGGCGUAUUUAUUAUUUGGAGAUGAGGAGUACUUGUAUAUAUUUCAAGAAGCUUAUGCUGCUGCCAUGCAUUAUCUUUACCAUGACCCUUGGUAUGUAGAAGUGAAUAUGGACUCUGCUGCUAUUGUCUGGCCAUUAUUUAACAGCCUGCAGGCAUUUUGGCCUGGCCUUCAGGUUUUAGCUGGAGAUAUCAAUCCUGCAAUCCGCACCCAUGCUGCCUUCUUGAGUGUCUGGAGAAGAUAUGGUUUUACCCCUGAGGGCUUUAAUCUUGCUAGUCUUAGUGUUCAGCAUGGGCAAAAGAGUUACCCGUUGCGGCCUGAGCUAAUUGAGAGCACCUAUUGGCUAUACAAAGCUACCAGAGAUCCUAGAUAUCUUGAUGCCGGGAGGGACAUGGUUGCUAGUUUACAGUAUGGAACUCGAUGCCCUUGCGGAUACUGUCACAUUUCAGAUGUUGAGCAUCACAAUCAGGAAGAUCACAUGGAGAGCUUCUUCUUAGCUGAGACAGUCAAGUAUCUUUGGCUUCUGUUUGAUUUGGCUGUGGGUCCUGAUAACCUUGUGGAAAAUGGGCCAUACAAGUACAUAUUCAGCACUGAAGGUCAUUUACUUCCUGCAACUCCUCAAAUCUCCCUAGUGAGGGAACAUUGUUUAUACUAUGGGGCUUUUUGUAGAACCGGUGAUUCGAGACAAACUUACUUUAUGCCAGAGCCUGAUGAAGAUAAAAAAGAAUCCAAUGAUACUAGAUUUUUUGAGAGUUGGACUAAAGCUACAUAUUCACCAGACUACACUACUUUUGAGCCAAGUGCCGUCUCAGGUUUGAUCAAGGGUUUCUGCCCAGGAUUAAAUCAUGGACAGAAGUUUGGUAUAUUAUAUGCGCAUUCAACUGAUGAACGUCAUUAUUAUGAAACCAACCAAGUCCAGCAGAAAGAACCAACUACUGUGCAAAGCCAUUCAGUAUUGGUUCUUCGUGGCCAGAGUUCUGACCAUUUGCCACCAGACCAUGGCAGUGUUCAUAAUGAUAGUCAAACACGUGAAUCAGACGUUACUCUUUGAAGUUGGAGGGACUUCUGGUGCUAGUAGAAACCAAGGUUCUGAUCCCAGCAACAUAGGAAUUAUAAGAUCUCAGUUAUGCAAGAGGAUUGGUUGGGAAAGAUAUUAUUUUGAACUUCAAAGGGUUUUAUUUCUCAAAUUUCUGCAGGCUCACCCAUCUGAAAUUUAAAUUCGAGUUUUGUAAGUCUGUCCAUCACUGAAAAAGAAUGCAUUUGGUAAUUUCGGCAACUGUUGAUAGUGAGCAUGGAGCUGAAAGAGUUAAAUUAUGGAUGAACUGACCCGUUAGAUGUACUUCUAAUGUUGUGCUACUGAGCCUGAGACGUCCUGCCUCCUAAUCAUUGGGCACGUGUAAAAGAAUGUAAUUGUAAUGUUUUUUGUUGUAUCAUUUUUACUAAAGGCUCUUGUAACCUAUUGUCAGGUUUAAAUCUAAUCAUUGUACAUGAGAUAGGUAUUAUCAGAUCCUUAAAAUUAAACCAUAAUUUCAAUUGCUGAUAGAAAGGAAAUUAUCAAUCAUCCAUUAGAUCAA